AUGGCUUCCAAUGUGCCUCGAUCGGUAUUGUUCUUACUGGGGACUGCCACGGAAUCUGUUAUCAUUACCUCUGUUGUACCUCACGAGUACCUACCAACGCCGCCAUUGUCUCGCGUCUUCGUACGCCUAGCAAUCUUACAGCUUGUGCUAUAUGCAGUCUACACUUGGUUCAUCUACCCAUUCUUGCUGAGUCCGCUAAGAAGCAUACCGGGUCCAGGUGGCGGCAAGUUUCUCAUCGGCAAUGGACUCGCUACUUUCGAAAGGCCUGCUGGACAGUCGUUCCUCAAAUGGAUGAAAGAGAUCCCGAACGACGGGCUUCUUCACUUCCGUGGUUUCUUCAACAUGGACCGUCUACUGGUGACAGACCCGAAGGCCAUUGGCGAGAUUCUAGUCACCAGAACGUAUGACUUCGAAAAACCUGCUCCACUCAGGAACUUCUUGCGAUACAUCCUUGGCGAUGGGUUGAUCAUUGUUGAGGGCGAUGUGCACAAAUUCCAGCGCAAGAACAUCAUGCCCGUGUUCACUUUUCGCGCCAUCAAGGAGCUCUAUCCCAUCUUCUGGAGCAAGUCGUGUCAACUCACACAAGGUGUGGCACAGCAGAUUGCGGAGAAGUCGGGUGGCGAUAGCAAAGAUGCUACGGCUGUCGUGGAGGUGAACCACUGGGCGAACCAAGUCACUAUGGAUAUUAUUGGCAUGGCUGCCAUGGGCCGUGACUUCCAAUCACUCAAGAAUGGCGAAGAUCCACUGAUCGUUAACUACGAAGAGCUACUGGAGCCAACCAAGGAGAAGCAAGUCUACUUCUUGAUGAACAUUCUGUUCGGUCCAACCCUGGUCUCGAAGCUUCCCUGGAAAAUCAACGAACGCAGCAGGAUCAUCCAGGAGAACAUCACCGACAUCAGUCUUCAACUCGUAAAGGACAAGAAAGAAAUGGUCAAGACCGAGCCAAAGGGCCACAAAGAUAUCCUCUCCCUGCUCAUCCAGUCCAACAACUUCUCCGACAACCAGCUCGUCGACCAAAUGCUGACCUUCCUGGCUGCGGGACACGAGACUACAUCCUCCGCCUUCACCUGGACCACAUUCCUCCUCGCCAAGCACCCGGACAUCCAGACCGCCCUCCGCAAAGAAAUCCGCGAAAAUCUCCCCUCCCCUAACUCCCCAGCCAACGACACCGACAUCUCCGCUAUCCUCGAAACUCUGCCCCUCCUCAACGGCGUCUGCCAAGAGACAAUCCGCAUGUACCCAACCGUCCCCGUCACAGUCCGCGACUGCGUCAAGACCACUCAACUAGCCGGUCAACACAUUCCCAAGGGCACACAAGUCAUCCUCUCACCCUGGGCUACGAACCGGAACCCAACCCUCUGGGGACCUGACGCCGACAAGUUCAUCCCCGAGCGCUGGAUCGAUACUGAUGAGAAGACCGGAGAUCGCAGGCCUAAUAAGAACGGAGGCGCGCCGAGCAACUACGCUAUCUUGACCUUCUUACACGGCCCGAGGAGUUGCAUUGGACAGGGUUUCGCGCAAGCUGAGUUGAGGUGUCUGGUGGCGGCUUGGACGGGGAUGUUUAGUAUGGAGAUGGCGGAUCCGCAUGAGGUUGUUAUUCCGCAUGGGGUUGUGACGACGAAGCCGAAGAAUGGGAUGCAUUUGAAGUUGAGGAAGUUGGAUGGGUGGUGA